UGAAAAUUUGCAUAUUUGUGAUCUUGUACUUGAAGAAACAGCAAGGUUGUCGUUACGUAUCGAUGUUCUCUGAGUGAAAAGAUCGGAAAACCGCCUUGCAAUCACCAGGAUUUGUCUCAAAAACCAAUAUAUUGUUAAGGUGAUGUGGUACCAGUCUCCUUGCCAAAUUGGAUAGAAGAAGAGUGCGCCCCGUAGCUUUCGCAUCGAAUGCCGCAGAAAUGGCAAACGACGAUGAAGAGUCAACUUGUUGUUGUUGUGAACACCGCUACAGUCCGUGUGUGCUGUGGUCGUCGUUUUGCAGCUGGUUUGUACGUCGCCUGGAGAUCUUUUUCGGUUGUUUUGGCGAAGGAAUUGCCAAGUAUCCUCUCUUUGUUAUCCCAGUAUGCCUCGUUUUCGUCAGUAUUUGUUCCGUGGGAUUUGUUUGGCUUAACGUGGAAAUUAGAACGGUGAAACUGUUUAUUCCUCAAGACAGCCAGGCUGUGAAAGACUUGGACCUAGCCGAGGAGUAUUUUAGACUAAAGGUUCGCGAGGAAAUCGUACUUUUAGUGAGCGCGCCUGAUUCGCGAAAUGUUCUCAAUAGAGAUUGCCUAAAACAGGCUCUACAGGCCCAUGAGGAAGUUGUGAAGUUAACAUCGUAUUCAAAACUUUGCGCAACCUUGUCUGGCGAUGUGGCUGAAUCGGCAGAAAAAUGCAUGAUGAUAAACCCCUUAGAGGUGUUUCAGUUCAAUGAAAGGGAACUGAACGUUUCAGACUCACAAAUUCAAGCUAAUAUAACGAAUCCUAACCUUACUGUCAUGCGCAAUGGCCGUCCUUAUCAGUACAACUUCGGUCGCAUGUUUGGUGACGUCACUAAAGAAAGUGGCAACGUCACUGGCGCAAAGGCUCUACAGAUGGUUUACUUUCUUCGCGAUCCGAGCAAGGAAGAGGCGAACACAGAAGUUCUUGAAUGGGAAAAAACGUUUAUUGAUAAAAUGACCUCGUUAGCGGAUACUCUAUCGUGCUUUAAAGUUUAUUAUUCGAGCGAGCGGAGUCUGGAUGAUGCCAUUUCUGAGAGUUCCGGUUCUGACAUCACUCUUGUGUCAAUCACGUUCACGCUCAUGAUAACGUUUGCUUGUGUCAUGCUGGGAAAAUUCUUAAAUCCGCUGACCGGUCAUUCUCUGCUCGCCAACGCAGGUGUUUUCGCUGUGGCUCUCGGGAUACUAGCUGGGUUUGGCUUAGCUAUGUGGUGCCGAGUGCCUUUCGUGAGUAUGGUCGGAGUACUUCCGUUCUUGAUCCUCGGUAUCGGAAUCGACGAUAUGUUCAUACUGGUGGACGAACUCGAUCGGCAGCAGAAAUCUCUUACAGUUAUUGAGACGGUUAAAGAGGUCAUGGCCCGAUCUGGUGCUACUAUUACCAUGACAACGGUAACAGAUUUGGUAGCAUUUGCAGUCAGUACUUCUACUUCCUUUCCGGCGAUAAGGUACUUCUGCGUUUACGCGGCACUAACAGUAACUUUCUCUUACUUGAUGAUUGUCACGUAUUUUGUCGCCAUUAUGUCAUAUGAUGUCAGGAGAAUCAAAGCAGGUCGCCGCGACUGUUUACCAUUCUGCCGGGCACCUCCACCAAAAGAGAACGAGCCAGCGUGGGACGAGCCUCGUCCCCAGGUUUCAAACAAGUUGAUGAACGCCUGGGCAAAGUUUUUGACCCAUCCGGCGACUAAAGUUGUGGUGAUCAUCUUUUCGCUUGCGUCUCUCGCUGCUGGAAUAUACGGAGCCACAGUGAUAGAUGAAAACUUUGACAGACGGAUCUUAGCCAAAGAUGAUUCAUACCUGAAGAAGUUUCUGAGUGCACACGAACAGUAUUUCAAAUCAACUAUUCCUGUCAGCGUUGUUGUAACGGGCGAUGUUGAUUAUGGAGAAAGUUCAGUCCAGGAUGACCUAAAGAACUUGGCAAACAUUGUCACCUCUAAUAAAUAUUACGAGAACACCAAUUUGUCCUGGAUCGAUACCUUUUCCAAAUACGCUCAAGCUUACAAGAAGAACAUCGAGGGGUCGAAUUUUACACAAGAGUUAAAGAAAUUCCUUAACAUUGGACAAUUUUCUUACUUUAAACAAGAUUUGAAGUUUUCUGAUGAUAACACGAUUAAAGCGUCGCGCAUUAUAGGUGUCAUGAAGGACACAACUAGUUCAACAGAUCAAAAAAAUGCUAUGCUAACCCUUCGCCAAGAUCUCUCGGAUAAAUCAAAGCUGGAUGCUUUCCCAAUCGCCCGACCCUUUAUCUUCUUCGAACAAUACGCUAUAAUCUCAAGGGAGACCUUGACGAAUCUUUUGAUCGCGGCCCUAGCUGUUUUGGUUAUCACGAGCCCCUUCUUGUUGGACUGCACUGUGACUAUCCUUGUGGUGUUCAAUUUUGUGGCACUGGUCCUUGAGCUGUUCGGUUUGAUGGUCCUCUGGGAUGUUUCCUUGAAUUCUGUUUCGAUGAUCAAUCUUGUUAUGGCUAUUGGUUUCGCAGUGGACUACAGCGCCCACAUAGCGCAUGCGUAUGUUAUGUCCGACAAGGAAACAGCCAAUGAACGUGUCGUGGACGCUUUGAGCACACUGGGUGCAAGUGUAUUCAUGGGAGGUUUCAGCACUUUCCUUGGUAUGAUAGUCCUGGCGUUUGCGGCGUCGGAAAUUUUCCGAAUAUUCUUUCGGAUGUUCCUUGGGAUCGUCUUGUUCGGUCUUCUCCACGGUUUGUGCAUUCUUCCUGUCUAUCUGUCUCUCUUCUGUUGGAGGCCAGCUGUUACCAGGCCACUCAGGACGCGUGUGAGCGUGGAGAGCUUACCGGAGGACGUCGCCCCCGAAAACGAGGCUGUUGACGGGGAGAGCUGCGGCAAAGGGGUGGCGGAAGGACUUAACAGAAGCAGAGAUUUGGGAAGUGCGUCUUCCAACGAAGGUUUCGAGCUCACCGAGCAAGAAAAGGUACUGGAUAACAAGGUUGACGAGCAACAACCGCUCAAAGCAAACGACGAAAGUGGGAAAGAGGGAACAGGUGAAGCAGGGAAGCAUGGCAGCGAAAGUACAGAGACUGGAGAGUCGUCAGCGCAUGUGCAAGUAGAGAGGGAUCCAAGUGCAGAGCAAGAUCCCGUUACAGAGGUGCAGGAGAGCAAGAAAGACACAUCUGAGACAUUUUUGAGCGAGGAAAUCAUGUCUGAGGCUGUUGACGGGGAGAGCUGCGGCAAAGGGGUGGCGGAAGGACCUAACAGAAGCAGAGAUUUGGGAAGUGCGUCUUCCAACGAAGGUUUCGAGCUCACCGAGCAAGAAAAGGUACUGGAUGGCAAGGUUGACGAGCAACAACCGCUCAAAGCAAACGACGAAAGUGGGAAAGAGGGAACAGGUGAAGCAGGGAAGCAUGGCAGCGAAAGUACAGAGACUGGAGAGUCGUCAGCGCAUGUGCAAGUAGAGAGGGAUCCAAGUGCAGAGCAAGAUCCCGUUACAGAGGUGCAGGAGAGCAAGAAAGACACAUCUGAGACAUUUUUGAGCGAGGAAAUCAUGUCUGAGGCUGUUGACGGGGAGAGCUGCGGCAAAGGGGUGGCGGAAGGACCUAACAGAAGCAGAGAUUUGGGAAGUGCGUCUUCCAACGAAGGUUUCGAGCUCACCGAGCAAGAAAAGGUACUGGAUGGCAAGGUUGACGAGCAACAACCGCUCAAAGCAAACGACGAAAGUGGGAAAGAGGGAACAGGUGAAGCAGGGAAGCAUGGCAGCGAAAGUACAGAGACUGGAGAGUCGUCAGCGCAUGUGCAAGUAGAGAGGGAUCCAAGUGCAGAGCAAGAUCCCGUUACAGAGGUGCAGGAGAGCAAGAAAGACACAUCUGAUACUUUUUUGAGCGAGGAAACUAUGUCUGAAACUUCCACAAAGUUCUAAGGUUAUUUGUUUAUGGAGUAUUUUUAGAAAAAAAAAAUGGAAAGUUCGCUUCCUAGUGAUUUUUAUCUCGUGAUGAUCGCGUAGAGAAUUUGCUGUAAAUUCGUGAGGAGUUUAUUUUUAUAACAAACACUCAAUAAGGUGUUCAUUGUGGCUCUUCCUUUUAUUUGGCUGAUCAGAAAUCACGUUAAUCACGGGUUUAAAGGCCAGUAAAUCAGUUGAAAUUGAAGAUCAGUUGUCAAGUUUACAAGUUGUAACAGUCGUUAUAAAUAUUAUAGGCUACAUCAUCGAAUUUUAAAAACGAGAUAUCCUUUGUGUAAAAGAAAAUUAGCCUAAGUGUACAUUUGAAUAAGUUUAAAUCCAAGUUCCUAUUAAGAUAGUAAAUGAAACAUUAACAUGCUUCUGCCAAUUGUUCUAAAUUUAAAUUCGCGGCAAUCGAUCUUAGAACCUUCUCUUCGGCUUUUUGUGUCGUAAAGCAUGACAAAUGGUUUUUCUUGCCGAUUCGUUCUGAUUUUUCAUUUUCAUUAAUUUCGAGCUACACUAAUUUUCAACUGGAAGGCUUAAAUACUUGAUUUUAAAACUCAUUGUCAAAUGAAUGAUCAAGCGUUCUUCGAUUCUGAGCCCUGCUUUUGCAUUGUGAUUUCACGUGAUUUAACAUAAGUUAAGUAUGUGUGUAUUUUUGUAACAUAAAAGGUACGCUUAGCAAGUUCACAGCACUAUUCUUUUUCGGGAAACAAAUAAAGAAUUUUAUUGUGA